GUCUGGCGCCUCUCGCGCGACGCCCGCGGCUGCCGGGAGGUGCAGGAGGCGCUCCACGCGGCCGCCGGCGACGCGGAGCGCGCGGCGCUGGCACUGGAGCUGCAGGGCCAUGUCUGGGAGGCGCUCCAAUGCCCCCACGCGAACCACGUGGUGCAGAAGUGCAUAGCGAGCAUCCCGCCGCAGCGUUCGCAGUUCAUUCUGGACGAGCUGCUCAGAAGAGACGUCGCCCGCGCCGCGCAGCACAAGUACGGGUGCAGGAUCGUGCAGCGCCUGCUGGAGCACCUGGCCCCCGAGCAGGUCGAGGGCCUGCGCGAGGCACUGCUCGAGGACGACGUGCGGGGCAUGAGCGUCCACCCCUACGGGAACUACGCCGUGCAGAGCCUCCUCGAACACGGCUCCCCCGCGCACCAGCGGCGCGCCCUGCAGGGCCUGUGCGGGGACGUCGCCGAGCUGGGCGCCUCGCCGUGCGGCGCCGCCGUGCUCGCCGCGGGCCUCGCCCACGGCCCGCCCGAGGGCCGCCUGCCGCUGGCCCGCGCCCUCGUGGGGGCUCCGGGCCUCCUCGAGCGCAUGGCGGGCACGCGGCACGGCCACCUGGCGGUCCAGCGGGCGGCCCAGGCGCUGCGAGGCACCCCGCUCGAGGCGCGCGUGCACGCCCGCCUCUCCGCGGACCUCGGGGCCCUGGCCGCGGGGCGCUACGGGCGGGCCCUCGCCGCGAGCCUCGGCCUGCUGCCCCACGCCUAG